AUGUCAUCUCUCUUCAAAUAUUCUGCAGUCCUGCGGAUCAUCAAGACAUGUGAGUGCUAUCACAGAUUGAAGAGAGAGAAGAAGAAGCAGGAGCUGGCAGAGAAGAAGAAGAUUGAGGCCUUGUUCAGGUCUCAAAUGCGCUUCAUGAUUCAGAACAUUGAGAAGGCAGCCCUGCUCUCUGAGCAUGUCAAUCUGCUUACUGCUGAGGUGAAACCUGAGACAGAAGAUCAGAAAAUGCGGGAUUUUAAGAUGCAGGUUGAUCUGACUGAGAGAGAGUAG